AUGAGUGUGGUUGGAUUUGAUUUCGGCAAUGAGAGCUGCAUUGUUGCUGUUGCAAGGCAGAGAGGGAUUGAUGUUGUCCUUAAUGAUGAGUCCAAGCGUGAAACUCCUGCUAUUGUGUGUUUUGGUGAUAAACAGCGGUUCAUUGGGACUGCUGGGGCUGCUUCUACUAUGAUGAACCCGAAAAAUUCUAUCUCGCAGAUGAAGCGGUUGAUUGGUAAGAAAUUUGCUGAUCCAGAAGUGCAGAGUGAUUUGAAGUCAUUGCCUUUUGCCGUCACGGAAGGACCUGAUGGGUACCCGUUAAUUCAUGCGCGGUAUCUUGGUGAAGCUAGAGCGUUUACAGCCACCCAAGUCUUUGCGAUGAUGCUGUCCAAUCUUAAAGAGAUUGCCCAGAAAAAUCUGAAUGCGGCUGUUGUUGAUUGCUGCAUUGGAAUUCCAAUUUAUUUUACUGAUCUUCAGAGGAGAGCUGUGUUGGAUGCAGCCACUAUUGCAGGUCUGCACCCGCUUCACUUAAUUCAUGAAACAACGGCAACUGCUUUGGCUUAUGGAAUUUACAAGACUGAUCUUCCUGAAAAUGAUCAGCUGAAUGUUGCUUUUGUUGAUGUUGGGCAUGCUAGCAUGCAAGUUUGUAUUGCUGGGUUUAAAAAGGGGCAGCUGAAAGUAUUGUCCCAUUCAUACGAUAGGUCCUUGGGUGGUAGGGAUUUUGAUGAGGCUUUGUUCCAUCAUUUUGCUGCAAAAUUUAAGGAGGAGUACAAGAUUGAUGUUUACCAGAAUGCCAGGGCUUCUCUGAGGUUGAGGACUGCAUGUGAGAAGCUGAAGAAAGUUCUCAGCGCAAAUCCUGAGGCACCUCUGAACAUUGAAUGCUUAAUGGACGAGAAGGAUGUGAGGGGUUAUAUCAAGCGUGACGACUUUGAGCAGCUAUCUCUUCCAAUAUUGGAACGUGUGAAGGGGCCUUUGGAGAAGGCACUAGCAGAAGCUGGUCUUACAGUUGAGAAUAUCCACACGGUUGAGGUAGUUGGUUCUGGUUCUCGUGUACCAGCAAUAUACAAAAUUUUAACAGAGUUUUUCAAAAAGGAACCUAGGCGGACAAUGAAUGCUAGUGAGUGUGUUGCCAGGGGCGCUGCAUUGCAGUGUGCUAUUCUCAGUCCAACUUUUAAAGUCCGAGAGUUCCAGGUCAAUGAAAGCUUCCCCUUCUCAAUUUCUCUCUCAUGGAAAGGUUCUGGUUCAGAUGCACAGGACAGUGCACCAGAAAAUAAACAAAGUACCCUUGUUUUUCCCAAGGGAAAUUCCAUUCCAAGUGUCAAGGUACUGACAUUCUUCAGGACAGAAACCUUUUCUGUUGAUGUACAAUGUCAUGAUCAGAGUGAUGUACAAGCACCUACAAAGAUCAGCACAUAUACUAUUGGCCCUUUCAAAACUGAAAAUGGUGAAAAGGGAAAGAUUAAAGUGAAAGUUCGUUUGAAUCUUCAUGGAAUUGUUACUGUUGAUUCGGCAACUCUCUUUGAAGAGGAAGAAAUUGAAGUUCCAGUUACCAAAGAAUCAGCAGAAGAGAAUGCCAAAAUGGAGACUGAUGAAGCUCCUGCUGAUGCACCACCUCCUAGCUCCAAUGAUAGUGAUGUUAAUAUGCAGGAUGCUAAGGCAACUGCUGAUACCAAUGGAGCUGUGAAUGGCGUGCCUGAGACAGGAGACAAGCCUGUGCAAAUGGACACUGACGCCAAGGUUGAGGCUCCGAAGAAAAAAGUGAAGAAAACAAGCAUUCCUGUAGCAGAGGUAGUCUAUGGGGCAAUGUCAACUGGGGAUGUUCAGAAAGCUGUAGAGAAGGAGUUUGAAAUGGCUUUGCAGGAUCGAGUGAUGGAGGAUACAAAGGAUAAGAAAAAUGCAGUUGAGGCUUAUGUUUAUGACAUGAGAAAUAAGCUUAAUGACAAAUACCAUGAGUUUGUCCAAGCUUCAGAAAGCGAUGAAUUUCUUACGAAACUUCAGGAGGUGGAGGAUUGGCUAUAUGAGGAUGGUGAAGAUGAAACCAAAGGUGUAUACGUUGCCAAGCUAGAAGAACUCAAAAAGCAAGGGGAUCCAAUUGAGGAGCGCUACAAAGAACACACAGACAGAGAUGCAGUAAUUGAGCAGCUUGUCUAUUGUAUCAAUAGUUACAGAGAAGUUGCAAUGUCUAAUGAUCCCAAAUUUGAUCACAUUGAUAUCAACGAGAAACAGAAGGUCUUGAAUGAAUGCGGAGAAGCUGAGAACUGGCUUAGAGAGAAGAAGCAACAACAAAGUUUGCUUCCAAAAUAUGCUACCCCCGUCCUCUUGUCAGCUGAUAUAAGAAAAAAAGCUGAGGCUGUUGAUAGGUCAUGCAAGCCGAUUAUGACAAAACCAAGACCGGCGAAGCCAGCUUCUCCAGCUACUCCAGAAACACCAGCAACCCCACCUCCUCAGGACGGCGAGCAGCAGCAGCAACAAUCAGAACAGCAACCACAGGAGGAUGCUAAUGUCAGUUCUAAUGGGAAUGCAGAGGACAAUGGUAAUCAAGUCCCACCAGCCUCUGGUGAACCAAUGGAGACUGACAAACCAGAGAACACCGGCCCAGCCUAA